AUGGACAUUCAACUUGUAUUCCCGGAUCUGAGGUUUCUGGUUUGUUUGUGGAUUACAUCCUCCUCCUCCAAGGUUGAGGAUGAUGAGAAGCAGAAGAAGAAGAUUGAUCAGGUGUUCAACAAAGCUAAAGCCGUAGCAAAAGAAGCAGAAAUCCAUCUUCAGAAGGCCGUGAUUGACAGAUUCAGUGAUGACCCUCAACGCCAGAUGAAGUUGACUACUGGCACUAAAUUGGCCAACUUGGGGAGAAGUGCCAGGGAUUCGUUUCCAUCUGUGGAAUCCAAAAUGCUUCGCUGUGUUACCCCUUUGAGGGAGAUGAUUGAUUCUUUGAAACCACUGGUGGAGGAUAUUCUGUCCCGCUUCUCAUUAGAUUUCCACCUUCAUCACCCCACUGAUUCUGGUCCGGCCGCCGGUGACUAUGACUGGAACCUUUUCCGCUUGAAUCUUGAGAAAGCUAUCAAGGCUCUGAAGAACAAGGCCAAAGUUGCUGAACCCUUGUGCGAAACCUUGAUUCGGGUUUUGAAUUCACUGGAUUGGCUCCACACUUUGACCACAACAACAAAAACAAAAUGUUGGAAGGAGAAUAUGAUGGCUGAUGAUCGUCAGUUCGUAGGAAUUGUUGUCCUUAUUUCCUGUUUCAUAAAAAACACGAGGAUGAUGAAGGAGGAUGUGCACAAGAUAUUAGUCGACAUUGGGAUUAAAGAUGUAGUCCAGGAAGCCGGACAUCUAAAAUCAAGAGAUGCAAGAGCAGGUAGAACUCACUAUGCAAUUUUGUUGGCUAACAUUUGGUCUGUUCAGGCUGAGAUUUUCAUCAAAGGUGGCGACACUAGUACCAUCCUCGCAACACUUUCCAAGGACAAACAUCUGCAGGCUCUACAUGCCGGGUGUAGGUUCCUCAAACACCAAGAAAAAGAAUCUUCUCUGAUCUUAAAGGUCAUCGAAAAAGUUCCUAAUCAGGUGAAAUCUCUGUAUAAGUCUUCUCCUGAUACUAAAGUAGUGGCUAACGGAGUAACAUCUGUCUGCAACACAUUUCCUCUUGCCGAAAACCUUAAAGGAGGAGGAGUUAAGGAUAUGGACAUUCAGCUUUUUGAGUUGUUGGAAAAGGUUCAGCAUUUGAAAGCAAAACUCAUAGGGUUCUUUCGAAUUCCACUGUUUAAUGUCCCGAAGGUUCCUGGUUUGUGCUUCAUUGAAUUUCUCGUCCAAAAUGCGAGAGAUCUGCUUAUAAGUAACCAUGACUCCAUAGCAUAUGCGACUCAUUACAUUGAAGCCUUUCGCACAGAGUUGGAUUUCAUAGUAUCUACGUUUCCAGAUGUUUUCAAGCAGGGCAUUGAGAAACAGAAACAUGAUGGUCUUCUUACGCAGCUUGUAGAUGUGGCGUAUCAAGUUGCCACCACCACAGUUGAGGAAGCUAUGGUUGGACUCGAGGAUCAGAAAAUUGAGAUAAUUGAUCGACUCACUAGAGGUAGACAGCAGCGAGAUAUUGUCUCCAUUGUUGGAAUGCCAAGAAUCGGUAAGACCACCUUGGGUAAUAAUGUGUUCUGCAAUCAAACUGUAGUGCAUCACUUCCGCAUUCAUGCUUGGAUCUGCGUUUCUCAAAAAUAUAAAAAGAGAGAUUUGUUGCUUGAUAUUUUGAGAUACACUAUCCCUAUCACUGAUAACAUCAAUGCAAUGAGUGAUGAUGAUCUACAACUGCUAUUGUAUAAACAGCUGAAGGGAAAAAGAUACCUUAUAGUCAUGGAUGGCAUGUGGAGUGCUACAGCAUGGGAUGACUUGCGGAUCUCAUUUCCAGACGACUCAAACAGUAGCAGAAUUUUGAUAACAAGUCGUCUCAGGGACAUGGUCUCGAAAAUCAGUGAUCCUCAUCUUCUUCGUCCCCUAUCUGAGAAGGAAAGCUGGGAGUUGCUGAAAUUAAAGAUUUUUCAGGAAAAUGAGUGUCCUCAGGAACUAUUGGAAGUUGGUUGGCAAAUUGCAAAAAACUGUAAAGGUCUGCCACUUGCGAUUGGUGCAAUAGCUGGUCUUCUUAAUAGGACUGGCGGAAGGAGCCAAGACGUGGAAUCAAAUUGCCAAUAG